AUGCGAGUGUGUAUAGCUCGGAAACACAGUAAGAAGGUACUUGGAAGCUCACGACACCUUCCCACGGCCUCUGAAAGCAAUAGCGAUGCCACUGAGAUGCAAACGUACCGCCACGCCGACGCAAUCGUCAUUAGCUCCUCCUCUGACACCGGUGAAGCCAGCAAAGACAGCACACUACAGUCAGAUGUCGACAGUCCAUCGAAGCAUAAGGCAGACGAGGAACAUCAACAGUGGCGGUUAUGGCAUGUUCAAUCGCCCGAAUUGACGCCGAAGACUCCGCGCACGCCAGAUUCAGGGAGGAGGAAGAGGAGGGUGAAGGAGUAUAGUGGGUAUCAGGAGAGUCCGCGAUCGAGCAGGAGGACAGGGCGAAGAAGCAGGGUCAACUAUGAAAUGAUCGCACUUGAUCAGGAGGACGAAGACGAGCAGAGUCUGUUCGUCUCAGAGGCUAGCUCAUGGUCACAGCCCAUCAUUGUCGACAACGAGCCCGGACAUGAAGAUCGACUCUACAAUGGCAUGACGCCGGAGCGUGUGAGAAGAGUGAAGGAGUAUUUGAACGCACUCAACCUCAUGGAGACGGCGGACAGUCACCUCCAACCUACCAAAAACGAGCUCAAUUCUGCGACAACAGAGCACACGAAUCUGUCAUGGAAGCUUGCAACCAUCGAUGCAACAGCAAAUAACACCCUCGGACAUUAUUCGGAAAAAGCAUGA